UUGGCAAAAUGCCGAGCAUAUAACCAUCACCGGUGGUCAAACAGUUGUCAACAUACAAAACCUGCGUCCUGCGAAAGCUUAUCAUAUUCGGAUGUCUGCGGAAAAUAAAUUGGGCGCCUCUGAGUAUUCAGAGGUUGUUCAAGUAACCACUCUAGAGGAAGUGCCAUCUGGGCCACCGUUGAAUGUGCGUGCAGAAGCGAAAAGCUCCACCGAGAUAUCUGUCACAUGGGAUGCACCAGAUCGGGACUAUUGGAAUGGAAUACUGCUAGGAUACUAUGUUGGAUAUCAAAUGUCACUAUCGCCUGAAGACAAAGAAGUGAAUCCCACACAAGGGUUUAGCUUCAAAACUGUCGAAGUGCGGUCACAUUUUGGUGGAGAAACGGCACUAAGUAACUUAAACAAAUUUACACAAUAUCACAUAAUUGUGCAGGCGUACACGAGUCAGGGCAGCGGACCACCGAGCAGAGAGAUAGCAGUGCAAACCAUGGAAGAUGUGCCUUCUUCACCUCCAGAGAGUCCACAAUGUGACGUGCUGGGCUCCACAUCAAUUUAUAUAACAUGGUCACCUCCAGAUGUAGACGGACAGAAUGGCAAAAUCAAGGGUUACAAAGUAUUUUACAUAUCUGUUAAUGAAUUAUACGGUAAGAUAGUCAAAAAUUAUUUAAUCCCAGGUGGAUCGAUAUUACUUAUGUAUGCAUGUUCAUUGAGGGUAAGAGUCCAGGGCCAGACCCUUUUUUUUCCGAAGUUACAAAAUUAAGGAAAUAAGUAGUGUUAUAUGUAUUUAAAAGGUAGCUGGCCCUUUUACAGUUAACGGCUGGAAAGGUACGUAAAAUCGUCAAUUACCUUUGUUAAAAUUGAAGUGCUGGUUAGUUAUUGUUUUCCUAUUAAGUUUAAUCAAACACGUUGAUACAUGGCGUAUAAGUAACAUAAUUUCCUGCUCAUAUCUAUGUAUAAACUAGGGAUGUGGCGAAUGUGGAAUGUCAAAUAUAUUAAGAAAUAAUUUAGGUAAGUAAAUUAGGUGAUUUAGGUAAAAAAAUGAAAGUCUGUACACCCAGAAAAAGGUUUGGUUAUAAUUACCAAGAUUUGGUUAUAGUGACCGAGUGGCAUAGUUAGAUAUGGCGAAAUUAAUAUCUAGUUCACGAAAGUUUGCAAUUUACUUGAGACUUCUAGUUGUGACAAAUGUA